UGAUGGACCGGCGCACCACUUUGUAUAACCGCGCCGUCACCCAUUACCACAAGGCCAAGCUGGACCGGGCCGACUUGGCCCGCGAGCUGGAAGCCGUCAAGGUUGAAGCCGCCAAGGUCCCGCAGCUGGAGUCGGAUCUCCGAGCCGCUCGCGCCCAGUGCGCCGAGAGCGAGGAGGCGGGCCGAUCCGCCGCCGGCAAGCUCAAGCUGGCUGAGCAGGAGCUGACGCGGCUGCGCCUGCUGGAGCAGAACCACCUCGCUGAGCUCAACUCCCUCGGGACGGCGGAGAAGGAGAAGGUGGAUGAUCUGAGCCGGCGGCUGACGGAGGUGGAGAAGCAGCGGCUUGCGCUGCAGGAGGAGGUCACCGCCAAGUCCACAGAGCUGACGGCUACCGCCAAACGCUGGACCGACGAGUUUAGCGCGCUUGAUCGCGGCUUGGUUCCUUUCUCAACGCUGCUGCUGAAGACGAAAGGGUAA